AUGCCGGCGGCCGUUUCACAGGAAGCGGGCAUCAGUGAUGAGCUGGUGAAGCACUGCAUGGCGCCUGACAGUGUCACGACGCUGCUGGCCGAGGACCCGUCGCUGACGCCAGGUGUUGCAUGGAAAAGGCUAUAUGGGGCAAAGGCAAAGCGGCGUGAGCAGAAGGAAAAUGAGGUUAGCGGACCGUUGCCGGCGGUGGAUGAGUUGACUGGCCUGGAGCGCAUCGCGCCGUGUGGAAAAUGGGGAGGUGCAAAGCCGAGCGAGCUGUUCCUGAGGAUGUAUGGUGCAGCCCUUGAAUCGAUUGAUGGCGAUCUGAGCAGGCUGUCGUCAGCCCUUCGCUCAUGGAGCUGCGGCACGGUGCCCCUGACAUCAUCUCGACGAAUUUGGAAGCCGGACGACUUGAUGAGCGAAGGGCGGACGAAUGAACACUCCGCGAAAUGGCCUCCAUGGAGUCGACGAAACGGCCCCGACCGGGACUCAACGGCGCGGACAGGACGCCGGAUGGUUCUCGAAAACGGCCCCAGCACUAGGCUCUCCAACGAGCUCCCCGACGGCUCCUCGGCCGCUUUGACCGAUGACAGUUCACGGUCCAGGACCCCAGAACAGAAGAAUCGCGACGUCCCCGAGCACACCCACGACUCACCUCACUAUGACAGCUCUCUACCCGCCGAAAUCGUCCGCCUCCAAACGUCUCUUCGGCCCUCUCCCUCCGAGGACAUCUACGCCCCGAUCACUCGGCACCUGAACCACACCAACGCCGCCGCCUACACCGUCCCACCUCGCCUCCAUCCCGCCCAUUUUCCUCCCUCAGAGCAGCCGACCCCCUACACCCCUCACCCUCGCCACUCCCCCGUGCCCAUGGCCCUCGUCAACCGGCCGCCCCACGGCUCGCCAGACUCGAGCUCUCUCUCGAACCCACAGAACGCCGCCUGGCUCGCAGCCCUCGCACACGCCCGCUCCUCCGUCUUCAUCCAGUCCCCGACCCUCAACGCCUCCCCCCUGCUCCCGGCUCUCCUCGCCGCCUGCGAGCGCGGCGUCCACGUCCACGCCUACAUCUGCCUUGGCUACAACGACGCCGGCGAGCUCCUGCCGUUGCAGGGCGGCCACAACGAAGCCGUCGCCCACCGCCUGCACGCCCAGCUGUCCGACGACGCGCGGCCGCGGCUGCACUACCACUGGUACGUCGCCAAGGACCACGCCGCGCCGGUGCCGCACGGCCUCGGCGCGCGGGCGUGCCACAUCAAGCUCCUCAUCGCCGAUGAGCGCGUCGGUGUCGUGGCAGCGGGAACCAGGACACGCAGAGCUGGGCGCACAGCCAGGAGGUCAACGUCAUGUUGA